AUGCAAACGCUGCCCGGGGCGGCAGCUUCCCGGGGGUGGAGCUGCUCCGGCACAGGUGGCAGGGCUGAGCCCGGGGCCCUGCGGAGCCUGCGAGCCCGGCUGCAAACCCACGCCCAAAGCAGCCAGCCUUCACCCGGGCAAGGGGGUCACCUCCCCGGAUAUCGAGCUAUUGUCCCCCUCCAGCAGCAGCAGCAGCACGCAGGGCUGUCCGGGGCGAGCAUGGACUGUCCGGGGAAGGAAGGCACCGGGGGAAGGCUGAAUUUGACCCUGCUAAGGAGCAAGCUGUACCUGGGGCAGAGGAGGAGGACGGAGCCCGUGGUGGAGAGCAGCACCACCGCCGGGGACCACGGCAACUUGAGGAGGAGUCAGUCCGACAGGACAGAGUACAGCCAGAAAUUGCAAGAAAAAAUGGCUCCACAGGCGGUGUCCUCACCCCCUGCCACCCCGCUGCAGGAGGACAAAGAAGAAGAAGACGAAGAAGAAGUCAGGCGACGCAUGAUGGCCAGGAGGGUGAAAAUCAUCGCAGAACUCCUGCAGACUGAGAAAGACUUUAUCAGUGACCUGGAUCUCUGCAUCCAGGAAGUGAUUCAGCCCCUGAGAAACAUGCAGAUUGCUCGCUUUGACGUGGAUGGCUUGUUUAGCAACGUUGAAUUGGUCCAUCAGCUAUCAGCCAAACUGCUGUCAUUGUUGGAAGAAGCCACAACAGAUGUGGAACCACCCAUGCAAAGAAUCGGGGAAGUGUUCUUGCAGAUUAAAGGCCCACUAGAAGACACAUAUAAAAUCUAUUGCUAUCACCAUGAUGAUGCACACACCAUGCUGGAAUACUAUGAAAAGGAUGAAGAACUGAAGCAGCAUUUAAGAGACUGUGUACAGUCCUUAAAAAAGAGAUAUGAAGAAGAAGGAAAGCCAAAUCUAAUGGACCUGGGAUCCCUGUUGAUCAAACCAGUGCAACGGCUGAUGAAAUAUCCCUUGUUACUCCGGGAGCUCUUGAACUCAACUCCUGCUACUCACCCUGACCACGAGGCUCUACAACAUGCCCUGUUUACUAUGAGAACCAUUAAUUGGAACAUCAAUGAACUUAAAAGGAGGAAAGAUUUAGUGCUGAAGUAUAGGAAGAAUGAUGAUGAUGAAACCCUUAAAGAAAAGUUUUCCCGACUGAAUAUUCACUCCAUUAGCAAGAAAUCCAAGAGGGUCACCAGCCAUCUGAAAAUACUGACGAGAGGAGAACCUCAGGUGAAAGAUGGAACUUUUGAUAAGGAAGAAAAGUUGUUCCAAAGUCUAGAGAAGACUGUGAAAUUGUGUGUGAAGAACAUUUCGCUCUAUUCACAACAUCUCCAGGAUUCUAUACAUCUGGCUGCCCAGAAUAUAAUUGAGCUUCAGGAAAUCCUGCAAGAUAAAGAUGACAAAGUCAAUGACUGUUCGGAAAAACAGACCAACACUGCAAAUCUGUGUGAAGACUUUAUGGCUCAGCUGGACAAGCUUGUCUUGACUCCUCUCUCAGCACUGCAAGCCCUGUUUCCAGGCCCCCAGAAGCUCAUCCAGAAGCGCUAUGACAAGUUGUUGGACUACAACAGCUACAUUCAGAGGUCAGCUGGAGAAGAGCUGGAGCUGGCAAAGAAAGAAUAUGAGGCUCUAAAUGCACAGCUAGUGGAAGAACUUCAGGUAUUCAACAGAGCAGCCAAAAAGAUCGUGUUGAACUGUCUACAUUGCUUCAUCACCCUCCUCAGGAAUAUUAUGUUUGCAGCACUUCAGUCAAACUCUGCUGUCAUGGUGCCUGUUCCACUGUCCUCCUCAAGCAUCUGGGAAGUGCAUAAUCAAUUGAUAGAGGAGGUUCACAAGCUGAAUUUUGUAAAAGAAAACAUCAGUACAAUCUUUAUUGAGGGAAAAUUGAGCCUGGAAAAAAAGAAACCUGUUCCUUCUCUGCUGGAGUCCCCACGGCAGACAGAGGAGCACAGGUCCAAGCUGCUGGCCACCAACAGCACCGAGUCGCUGUACCAGGCUAAGCGCAAGUGCAACGCCGUGCAGGAAUUUGAUAUUGACGUGCAGGAAGGAGACGUGGUGGCUGUUGUGGAGAAAAAGGACCCCUUUGGAAGCACAAGCAGAUGGCUUGUUGACACAGGAAUCCUCACAGGCUAUGUGUAUUCCUCCUUCCUGAAGCCAUACAAUCCUGGCAAAGCACAGAAGGAUGCAGCAGAAAAUGGCUUUGGUGAUGAUGAUUUUGAUGACAUCAGCCUCUUUGUCUCUUCACGGCCCUCUGCUGACAGCAGCACAAGCAGUCCAGGGUACCAGAAGAGUAAGAGCUGCUCACCUUUCCACUUCUGUGAAAAUCCUGCAAUUAAUGGCACUGGUGCUCUUCAGGAUAUGGAUGAGCAGCAGAUCUUCUAUGCUGUUUUUGCAUUUCAAGCUAGAAGUGAUCAAGAACUCAGCCUUCAGGAGUACCAGAGGGUGAGGAUACUUCGCUUUUCCGACCUGAGUGGCAAUAAGGAAUGGUGGCUAGCUGAAGCAAAAGGUCAGAAGGGAUAUGUACCAUCUAAUUAUCUAGGGAAGAUGACAUAUGCUUAG